AUGGAGCACGUGAACUGGUGGCAGCCAGAGAACUUGAAACACCGAGGACCCAGGAGCGUCUCUUCCAUAUCAGAUCCAGCUGACUUCAGAAAUGGUUGGGUGACCCUAAGUUCUUAUCAGGCACGGUUCCAACAGAAGCAGUUGCAGGAGCGAGAGCUGAAGAUUGCGUCGCUUUACGAGGCUCAGCAGGCGCGCGCCCUGGACAAAGUGCGCCUGUCGCCCAGCAAUGCCAGCACCGCCAGUUCAACAACACAUCCCCCCGUGCACCACCCGGGGAAGGUAAGACAGAUGUUCGAGGAGCGCAGGACUAAGGCAGGCAUAGACAAGAGCUACCCACUGCAGCCGAUCCACAAUACGGAGCGUGCCAAGACUAAGAACCCGUUGCCCAAUGGAUACACGAAGGUCGCGAACACUCGAGUCACCGUCGAGAAGAAGGCCACGAGCAGAAACCAUGUCACAAGCACGCACAGUGUGAAAAAACAAGUCAUACAGAAAACAGAAAACAUUGCGAACAUCUCCGGCGAUUUAAACCACAAUCAUGAGUUGGAUCUGAAUUCAUUUAAAAACACGUGCCAGACCAAUGGCGACCUCAACCACUCGGACGAAGUUGACAAUAGCGGAGAAGCAGAGACCAACGGCCUCCUUGAAGACGAGACCUUCCCCGAGGCGUUGGCGCCCACGCCCACGCCCAGAUCACCAGAGCCGAAGCGGGAGGUCAAGAAGAUCACAGCACAGAAGGAAGUGCCAACCGGCAGACAUCCCGUACAAAAGCGGACCAGCAGUCCAACGAAAGCGAGACCACAAAAUGUCGCGCCCGUCGCGUCAACGAAACGGAUCGGCAGCGAGAACACCGUGCCGGAGUCGAGGAAACCACGGGCAACCAUGCAACGGCCCACAAACGCUGUAAUCAAGAAAUCGACAGUGGCCACGCCCACUGGCAAGACGCGCCCCGGCAUCUCUGCCGCAGCGCCGUCCUCCAACUCCGCUAGCGGGGGCGAAGGCGCCGCGUGCGCCAUCUGCGGCCGGCGCUUCGCCCCCGACAGGCUGCCGAAGCACCAGGAGAUAUGCAAGAAGUCGCACUCGAAGAAGCGGAAGCCCUUCGACGCGCUCAAGCACCGGCUGGCCGGCACGGAAGCGGAACCGUUCAUAGGCAAGCUGAGGAAGAGCGCGCCGCAGAGCACCAAGGGGGGCAAGCAGCUGAACAGCAGCUGGCGGCAGAAGCACGAGGAGUUCAUACAGGCGAUACGGGCGGCGAAACAGGUGCAGGCGCACCUCAAGAAGGGCGGCAAGCUGAGCGACCUGCCGCCGCCGCCGCCCUCGGAGAACCCGGACUACGUGCCGUGCCCGCACUGCGGCAGGCGGUUCAACAAGUCGGCGGCCGAGAGGCACAUACCGAAGUGCGCCAACUACCAGUUCAACAAGCCCAAGCCCACCAGGCGACGG